AUGGCUCCAGUAGGCGAUCCGGAAGAAGUAAAAUCAAUAUACAACGCAUACGUAAAGGCACCUGGACGUAAAACACCAUUGCCCCUUGGUGCGUUGAAAAGUAACAUGGGUCACGCUGAGGCAGGCUCCGGGGUGGCGUCCAUCAUAAAAGUAUUGAUAUCCUAUGAGAAUGAAUGCAUUCCUCCGAACAUUAAUAUGACUCAACUUAAGGAUGAGCUUGAAGCUUACUGUCCACCAAUACUGCCCAUUUUAAAGCCAUACCCAUAUGAGCCUGGUUUGGCUGGGGUAAAUAAUUGGGGUGUGGGCGGUGCCAAUGCACACAUAAUACUGGAGCCAAACUAUAAGUUGUUAAGCAGUGAUGGCUUAAGAAUAGCACAAACUAUACCCAGAAUUGUCAACAUUUGCGGCCGAACUCAGCAAUCA